AUGUCUAAGCGCAGAAGAGAGUUCGCAGAAAUCCUGGAUCAAACGACGCCAAACACUUCAUUACCUUAUCACCCGCUGAGCUUUCUGAUUCCAAAACAGUAUGCUGUUCCACUUGCCGUUCCAUACGAUGCCAACAUUCCUUCAGAUACAAUUACGUUCUCCCAAAACGACUAUAAUGAUGAAACAAAUAAGACGAUUCCCGUUAGUCUUUUGAGCUCCGAUAUCUGGAAGGGUGAAGAUCCUGAUUUGAAAUUUGUGAAAUUCAAAAAGCCCUUUAUACAAAAUAGGGCGACCGCAGAUAGUGAUAAAUCGGAAAGUCCAGUUGCACAAAUGUUGAAUAAUACUUUAACAGAAAACAUUACACCUGUCACUAAAAAAGACUAUUUCAAGAGUAACUUGAAAGUAAAUAAAUCCGGGCCAAUUACUCAACCAAUUGAUGAUGAACAUCUUCUUGAUGAGAUCAAUAAACUUAUUGGUGCCGAUGUCUUGGAGGAACCGGAUGCAACUAACUCUUUUUCACGCGUCAUAAGUCGAGAAAUGGAACAGGAGCAAAAACCAGAGUUUAUAUAUGAUUCCGCAGUUACUCAAAGUGUACUAAUCUCUCAUCUUAUAGAUGAAUUCCAGCAGACAAUAUCGAGUUUAUGUGAAGGUAAUGUUGGAACUGAAACUGAAAAUGAUACUUUGAACAUGUGGGACACUUACACAACUAUAUUUGCUGACGAGCUUCAAAUAGUCAGGCCCGAGAUUCUGGCUUCCUUAAAGUCAAAACUUUCGGAGCUGGUUACCACUAAUAGCCAUGUCCAAAUAGAACAAACUGUGUUUUCGAAACUUCUUGAUAUCUGUAUGAACUCAGUAAAAGAAGCAUUAUCACUGGAUUGGGAAUUUGUUUAUGAAUCAGAGGAUUUUUCCAAUACAAAUGAAUAUCAGAGAUUUGCAGAAGUGGUGAUGAAUUGUACUUCUAUUAUCAUCCUUUUAUAUUCAAAUAACCUUGUUGAAAAGCUGACUAGACAUGAAAGCGGUUUUUCUCUGGUGGUAGAUUUUUUAUGCAUUUACGCAGCCCUGCUAAAGUCCUUAUAUCUACGUGAAACUUUCACUGAGCUUCCGGAUUUUUUCAUCUCAACCUUAAAGCAUUUCAUUUCGACAAUUUCUACCCUUUCUGAUAACAUAACUAAACUGCCUUUGGACGAAUCAUCUGUUACACGUCUAGAAUAUAUCUCUUUUGACAUUAUAUUCACAGAUAUCCUUUCCACAAGGGAGAGAUUGAACUUGAACCUAGUGUUGGAAGAAAUGCGAUCCAAUUUUGCUCACUUGAUUAUUGCUAUCUACUCAAGUUACAACGAUCAACGAGUUUUUAUUUUCAAUGAAAUAAUUGAAAACUUUGGAACUUUAAACCCACUAAAAUCUAAGGCCAAAAAUUACAGAUUAGAUUGCGGUAUAUCAGUUCAAUUAAUAUCCUACCUGAUUGUCAGCUUGAUUCAAAGCCAUAAUGAUUACGGGAAAGAUUUUGAUUACUCACAAUAUGAAUUUCUCACGUUAAACCAUCCUACAAAAGCAAAAAAGUUGGAACUACAGGAAAUUAAUGAUAAUUUUUGGAAUUCAGUGUGGCGCCAAACAGAUUCAAUGAUGAAGGCAAUUGAUCUAUUCAUUACCAGUUUUUUGAAGAAACUUUUAGCAUCUUAUUCACCUUCACUUAGAAAAAUAGUAGAAAAUCUAAUGGCUGAUUUAUUUUUCAUGCUAGAAUUACCGGAGUUCCCAUCAUGUGGCAUAAUUUUGAACUCAAUGUUGUCAAAUUUGCUCAAUAUUUGUAGCAAUACCGACAUCACCCUAACCAGUGCACACACACUCUUUUUUGAAAUUAUUGGUAGUAUUGGCUCUAAAAUACUAGCCUUGAAGGGUAGUUCAGAUGUCAGUAUUUUAGAUGUGCGCAUUGAUUCAUCUUCUCUUGAAAUUCUAAUAGAAGAUCUGCUAACUAUCUUGUCGUAUUUCAAAUUUAGCAGUGCCACAAGGUUUCACAAUCAUUCAGUUUUUAACUUUGAGUCACUCCUCUUUUUGGGAAAGCUCAAAAAAAUUGAGACCCACAUCAAUACUCUUUUGGCUCAAAAGAAAGAAAGCCUAUUGCAAAAACAAUUAGAGUCAAAUAAAAUGGUCUUGAGAAGUGUUGAGUCCGCUCUUAUGAAAUUAAUGGAACUGGUUUCGCAAAAUAAGAGCCAAGUCGAUAUAGAAAUUUUAUCGGACACACAAAUCAGAGAAAUAUACAAAAACCUUUUAUUAUCACAAGAAUUAAUGGAUCGUUAUAAUGAUGUUCUAACAUUUAUUCUGUCAUCAUUGAACCAUCCAAAGGCUAAAUCAAGAUCUUUGGCAACAAAAAACUUGACUUUGUUGAUAGAUAGAGAACCUGGAUUAAUACAAGACGCAAAACUGAGAUAUAUGAUCAAACAUAGAUUAAUGGAAUCUUAUGCUAGUGUGACUGAUGCCGUUUUAGAUUUGUUGUUCAAAGUUCUAGAAUCGAAGCCUCAAUAUAUCGAGGAGUAUUCGGAUAUCGUAUCACAGAAAAUGUCAGAUCCUAGUAUUGCAGUGAAGAAAAAAACCGCCGCCCUGAUAAAAUACAUGUUUUCAAAUACACGAUCGGUCAAUGUCAAGGUAAGACUCUCACAGGCACUACUCAACCAAUUAGACGAUGAAGAAGACAGAAUUACAGACCUAUCAUGCUAUAUAUUAUGCGAAUUAUUGUUCGUAGACAUUGGGCACCUUGUGGUUGAUAAUAAUGUAACGGAUCCAGUCACCAUUCAAAACAAAGCAUAUGAGGUGAUCUAUGUUUUGUGUGGUAUUUUUUUGCAAGGUUCUGCCACUUGGAUCUUAUUUGAGAGAUUUUUUAACGAAAAAGUCAUUUAUCCUAGUGAUUUCAAUGAAUCUUUCCGAUUGGAACUAAAAAGCUCUUUGGGCUUAUUGAUUGAAUGUAUGCUGGAGCUAAUUACAAAUUCUUAUGAGCAAGAGAAUGUGAAAGAAAAAAUAACUUCAGAAUCCAUAAUGGGGGUCAUGUCCACUUUUGUCAAAUGUGAUGAAAGGUUGAUCUCUCAGGAUCAGCUAAUAACUAUUCAGCCCUAUAUCAUAAACGAUUAUAAAGGAGGAAGUAUAUGUUUUUAUGCAUUAGAGAUCCUAAACUUGGCCCUCAACCACUCUAAAACGUUAAACAAAUCUUUUGUGAAAUCUUGCAAAGAAUCACUAAUGAAAAGACUCACAAAAUUCAAUUCAAAAGAAUUAGACCGGGCAAUACAGUGCCUGUGGAAACUGUUUCUCCUUGAUGAUGAUACUACUUCAGUUUCUAAAGCAUGUAUUUCUUCUUUGAGAAUGCUCCUGAAAUACAUCGGUGACUUACAACGGUUUAGCAAUAAUACCAGCACAGACUCCAUUGUUCCCAGAUUAUUAUACCUAAUAGGUGAUUUUGGCCGUUACUGUAAUUUUGAAAGGGAUCGUCAACUAUUUUUGUCCUCCAAGCUUGGUUUGCUUGAGAAGGAGCCAAUUUCUGUCUUUUUGCUCAAAUAUUUACUCAAGUUUUGUGAUACUUCUAUCUCGAAGCCACUUAGAAAAAUUGCAAUAAAAAAUACCCUUAAUGUUUGCAUUUCUCAUCCCAAGCUUUUUUUUAGUGUUCCAGUUUCAAAAUUAAUUGAUUCAACAUUCAAGAAGAAGGAUUUAGAAAUAACCAAUAUAGUGAUUGGAUCAUUGUUAACUUUUCUAGAGAAUGAAGAGAUUCAAAUGAUAAAAAAGAAUGGUUUAGACACCAAAAGAUCUGGUUCGAUAAAACUAGAUGUAGCUGUUUUUCAUGGGUACACAUUGAGCUACGUUAACGACGGGCUUUGCUCCACUUUAGUUCAAAAAUAUAUGGGCAAUAUACUUCAUAUUUGUUUAGAGCCUGAAAAUGCAAUGAACUCGAUUAAAUUUUUGGGAAUGGUAAUCAAAUUUGGCUUUUGCAACCCAAAACUCUGCUUUCCAACUGUGGUCUCUUUGGAAAGCGCAAAGUCCAAUCACAUAAGGCACAUUGCACUUGAAUUGCAUCGGUUUUUGUUUGAGAAGUUCGAAACAUUAAUCGAAUCAACUUAUUCAGAGUCUAUAAAACUAACCGCCAGAUAUGUUAGUAACGUUUACCGCCUUGAUGAGCUCACAAAUUGUUCAAAUUUCCUAAAGAUGUUUUUCAGAGUUGUAAAAGAAAGAAAGAGCAAGCAGAGGAUUGACAAAUUCAUACAAGCAAUCUUGAGGGCAUUGAAACUAGUCAAUAUCUACAAGUUCCAGAAAAUGACUAGAGAGGAACUCAUCAUUACUCAAACCCAAAUUAUGUUUCUUUGUAUCAAUAUCAAUGAGAUGGAAUUUACUACACAGCAUGAGAUUUUAAGUGUGAUCGAUUGUAUAGAAAAAAUCAUUCUCACUGAAGAGAGUGUGUUCUCGGAUCAGUUUCAUCUGCUUCUCGAUUUAUUUGAGGACGAUGAUAAUGAUGAAAGAUUAAGGCAUUCAGCCAUGGCAAAAUCACUAGUUUCCCUCCAUUGCUUGAGCAAAUGUUUAAUGGAAAAUUAUUCAAUCUCCUCGGAAUUAAUACUAAAGUACCAAGAGAGCGAAGAUAAAAAAGAGUUCUGGACUCAUGUACCACAGCCCGAUAAUAAAAAGUUCUUUGUUGGAGAAAUCAAGACUUUGCUAACCGAAAAUGCUGCAAAUCAGCUAACUUUACUAUAUAAAAAACUACAAGAAUUUGCGAAAGGCUGA